AUGAUCUUUGGAAGCUUGAAUUUCAAGUUAGUGGCCCCUGUGGUCUUGUUCUAUAUGAAUAGGGUUCAUCUUCUGCUUAAUAGUAAUAUGUUUGUUGUUGUUGUAUAUUUUAAUCCCCUUGAACGGGACCUCAAUGUAAGCCGGAAUGUCACUUUUGAAGAAUUAGAAAGGCUCACUACAGAAAUUACCAAUGCCCGAUAUCUCCUGGAAGGCCUGGAACCUGUGGAUCAAGCAAAGCAUGAACCUUGGGGUAUUCUUCGUUUGUGCAACAGUAAUACUCAUCCUGUGGCACUGAAGGCUGGCAACAUUGCUAUUGACUGGAAAGACUUCUUUUCCCCAGAACCAGAGAGAGCUUCCUCAGCAGACAUUGCAGAUGAUGUGCCAUUAUCCAGUAGGAACACUUCACCAGAGCAAAAUACUGCUUCAACAAAGAAAGGGACUGAUAUGCACCUUGUGACUUACAUAAACCAGACCUCUACAUAGCCUACAUGUCUUCAUUUUG